AUGGGUGUAAUAGAUUUCCUAGGUGAAAUCCCACCUCGUGGGCAUCCAGCCGUCUUGGGCAAGCGGCUCCAUGGGGAUCGUGUGCUGCUUUCUGGCUCAUAUGCUGGAGGAAUCCUUGCUGCGGGGGUGUUUGCAUUUUCUCGUCUAACAUGGCAGUGGUCCAUCGCGGCGGAGGUUUUCAGCUUAAACAAUCUGUUUGUGGGGCUGCUGAUGGCUCUCACCGCGCAUUUUGAGGAGGCAUCCACUGCAAAAGAGAGAUCAAAGAUCUCUAAAUUUGGUGCCUUUUGCUGCGGGCUGAGUUUGUGCAAUCAGCACACCAUAGUGCUUUAUAUCGCUUGUAUUGUGCCUUGGGUUCUCUGUCGGCUCUUCAGAAAGACGGAAUUGUCCCUAGGCCAUUUGCUGAAGUUGGGUUUAUGCUUCUUGGCUGGUUUGCUGCCUUAUCUCUAUCUGCCGGCUUCGUCCUACCUCAGUCGAGCCCGUUGGACGUGGGGAGACCAGACGACUUUUCAGGGAUUUUUGACCCACUUUCUCAGGGAAGAAUAUGGGACAUUCAAUCUGGCCAAGUCUGAGACAGGAUCCAGUAUGAGAGAGAUGCUGGUUUUUCAGCUGGCGCAGAUGAAGUCGGAGCUCUCCCUCCCCGUCCUCGCCCUGGCACUGGUGGCCUGCGUGAGCACAGCACUGCCGACAAAGCAGCAGAAGUCACCCAUGAUCUGGCUCCUCACUGGAAUGCUCUGUCUCUAUUCCAUCUUCUUUGCUUGGAGAGCAAAUCUGGAUAUUACAAAACCCCUGUUUCUGGGUGUGGUGGAGCGGUUCUGGCUGCAGAGCAGCGCCGUGGUGGCCGUGCUGGCAGGGCUGGGACUGGCCACGCUGGCCUCGGUGGCAAGCGCCGCGCUGGAGGGCAACCGAGCGCUGCCAUGGCUGGAGUGGAUUUCGGCUCUUGCUCUUGUUGCUUCUCAGAUUUGGGCAAAUUACAGCACUUGCGAUCAGAGCAACAACUAUGUUGUUGAUAAGUUUGCAAGGAGUCUGCUGUCCUCUAUGCCGACAGAUGCCAUGGUCUUGCUAAGGGGAGACUUACCCGGGAACGCUCUUCGUUACGUUCAUUACUGUGAAGGGAUGAGGCCAGAUAUCACCUUAGUGGACCAGGAGAUGAUGACUUAUGAGUGGUAUUUACCCAAGCUGGCGAAGCAUUUACCUGGAGUUCAUUUUCCUGGGAACCGAUGGAAUCCUGUGGAAGGAGCAUUACCCGAUGGCACACUCGCUUUUAAUCUCCAUCGUUUCCUCAAAGUAAAUAAACAUAAGGAAGUGUUUGUCUGCAUAGGCCUUCAUGAAGGGGACUCGACCUGGAGAAGGAGCUAUUCGCUCUGGCCGUGGGGUAUCUGUGAGAAGUUGGUUCCUUCUGAUGCUGUGUUUGAUCCGGGAGAGUGGGUUCGUCUCACCAGGAAUCUCUAUAACUGGACUGAAGACUACGGCAGUUUCAAGCCCUCUUCCUGGGAAGCUGUCGCCAAUGAGGAGAUGUGGCAAGCCAGGAUGAAGACAGCUUUCUUCAUAUUUGACCUUGCAGAAACUGCCAGUGUGACUGCAGAAAUGAAAUCACAACUUUACACCAUUGCGUACACCUCAUACAAAGAGAUUGUCAACUCUCAUCCCAAUCACCCGGUGAACUGGCACAAGAACUACGCCAUCGCCUGCGAGAGGAUGUUGCGUCUCCGUCGAGUGGAUGUGGAUCCCGAGGUGCUGCUCUCCGAAACCGUGAAACAUUUCCUUCUGUACACCCAGAAAGCGGAGGAUGAUCCGCAGCGGCAGGACAUCCUGCAGGCUGUGAAGCACCUGAAGAAAGAGCUGCAGGAGCUGAGGAAAAUGAAAAAAGAUCUGAGGCGAGGAGCUGGAUAG